CCCAAGGUGUAGAUGCCUGCCCCUGGUGAACACUCAAGCCAGACAGGAGAGAAGUACUUCUAUUGUUCCUGACCUUCCCCAAUCCUACCUGCCUGCCUACCUACCUCCCUAACUAGAUGUACCUCCAGGUGAACUGCCGCUGAAGUUCUUCACCUAGGUGUACCGUGUGUGCCUGCCCAAAAUAUCUCAGAUUUCUUGACCCACCCCGGCUGCCACUUCCACCUUCGCCUUGCCCUCUUUUUCCCUCUGUAAUUCAUCCCUCUCGCUCGCUCUUCUCUGUACCUCACCGCACCACGUCGAGGCAGUAUACUCCGACACCCAAGCUAUUAUGAUCGCAGGCUCUCUAGUCAUACGCCUUACUAGGUCUCCAUCUAGCCAAGCUGGGGAGCUGGGAAUCGGCGUUGUUUCCAUCGUACCGCGUAGUAAGGAGGGAUCAUACCUAAAUAUUUCGGCAGCACUUCGAACCGGCACAAUUGCCACUUGAUCGAAUCGCAAUAAGUUGACGCCACUAGAGACCCUCUGAGCAAGCAUGCCACCUCAUUCCUUCUGCGAGUGGGCAGUAGGCCAGAACGUCUCCUUCCGUCGGAAGGCUGCCUCCCGUGCCUCUCGACCCCGCCGUGUUGUUUCGGUGGACGUUGAGACCGACGACGAGUCCGGGACCGACACGUUAAAGGUCACAUACCCAAGAACGGGGAACGCAAAAGAGAAACACCGGCCGCCUCGCCAAACCAGCCCUGGCCAAGAAGCCGAAGCCGAAGCCGAGACCGGCACGAACCAAGAGGCUAAUGGAGGUGAAGUCACCGUGGACGAGAACCCGAGCCCGGAUUGCCCAUGCGAUAGUUGCGUUCUGGAACUACAGAAAAUAGAAGAGGAAGGGAAACACUCACAGGCCCAUUGCCAAGGGGAUCAGGUCAACGAUCCUGCUACUGUGCAUGCUAAGCACAAAGCUACAAAGGCUAAGAUUGCCAAAGCUAAGGCUGUCCAGUCCGGGGCAAAGAAUAGCAACCGGAAAUCCAGGGGCGUGGAGAACAGGCAAGAGCCCGAUAGCGAAGCUGGUACGACCGAUGGUACGACCGAUAGUACUGGAGGCGAAACCGAAACUGAAUCCGAGGUCGAUGCCGAGUCCGACUCAGCUUCGGAUGAAGAGGCCCCGAAAAAGGGAAAAAAGGGAAAGAAUAAAAAGAACAAGCAAGUCCAAAAGAAUAGAGAGGGUAGCCCGGGUAGACAGGGCAAGAAGGGCAAGAAAAGAAAGGAUAGCAACAAGAAAAAGCAUAGCGAAAGCAGUCGUAAAAACGAAGAUAAGAAGAGCGGCAAAAGAACCAAGGGGAAGGCCACCGAGAAAGAUAACCGGCCGAUCUCUUUUUAUACGGACACGGCUAGCUCCAAGGAAGCUCGAACUGAGACGCAAAAGGCGCCCGAGUCUCCCCGCCCGCUGCCAGAGUUUGGUCAGGGUCGCGGCAUCCUACCAUCUCGGUCCCGCGUACUCCAAGUCGAACACGCCGUCGAGACGCCCGAGGACCCUCGGCCCAACGCAUUCUUCGACCACAGAAACAGCACCAUGCGAGUCUUUCACGGGCCGACUUACGGCAACCCUCAGGCAAUGGUGUAUCCCCCAGGCAGCUAUUAUCAUCCGGCCCCUCACCCUAUCGGCAUACCGUACUCACCCGGCUUCGGGUACCCGUACGUGCCUCCCCACACACCCAGCGGGGCGCCUCCUUCUCCUCACCCGCCCAAUUCCGGCCAAUGGUUCCAAGGACAUGGCACCACGACCGUAGGCCAGCCGCCGGAUAUGCCCCCAGUCCCUGACUUCGCAGCAGACUUCGACCAAGGCAGGUAUAUGGAUAUGCUCCGGGCUGAGGGUUGGAAACCGCCCGGCCCUUCCGGCACGAACCAAGACGACAGCGGCGGGCAAUCCAACAUCGCACCCGCGGGGAAUCCCGCGGCCGCCCCCAAGCCUGAUCAAGGCAGCGACGAAAGCGCGAGGAGGAGUACCACUAAUAUUAACAAUUUGGGGGACCUACGACGAGAUGAUGCACUCCGAAUGGCCCAAUUCCUUCAAGACCACAUGCUGAACCAAAGAGAGCAAGGCCAACCUAAGACCGAUGGGAGUCAGAACGCUGCCAAAUCAGCGCUCCCCGAAAACAACGUCACCCCCGAUCCGAGAAUCAACGGCAGCAACAGUAACGCGGGCCCUAGCGAUUCGACUGCCGCGAACGGCGGUGGUACCUCUCCGCCCCCUGCCUCCCCCCCUAACAACAAUAACAAUAAAACCACAGCUAACGAGGACGAUUGGGCCGGCGAAGCGGAUAUGGGUUGGAGCGGGGUCAGCCAAGGACCACAGGGGCCGGAAGGGGGUAGCAACAGCCCCGAGGGGGCCGGCGCGUCAGCGCGGCCGCCCCCCGGAAGCUGGCCCGCCGGGGGGAAUGGCAACAGCGCGAAGGGCCCGCCGUCGUUCGAGGGGCCGAACAACGUCGGCUGGCGGGACCAGAGCGUGGCCCAGUCGUCGGGCGGCGCGUACGACGACGACGAAAACGAGAAGAAGAAUGGCAACGGCAACCGAGGGGAUAAUGCCAGCGGCAACAGUCAGCGGCAAUAGGGUUGGUUUGAUGUUUUCGGCUUUUCCCCACGUCCGUCCACCGGCUGGUUUUCCCGAUAACUCGAUUCAACUUUUACCCCUUGCGCCUCCUCCCCUUUCCCUGUCUCUCCCCCCCCCCCCC